UCCGCGUCUUUCACCUCCUCUUCACCCGCCACCUGCCUCCCCCUCGCCGUCCCUCCCCCUCCGUUCGUCCCCUCCCCCUCCACCGCUGAGGAGUAUGCCUCAGCCUAAGGCGGGCACCAGCUCGUUGUCCAAAUGGCGCCCCACCAAGAUCAUGAACAUGCGCGACCUCUCCCGGGACGACGACUUUCUCAGCCACCUGCUCGUCGAGAAACUCGGCACCGGCGCCGUCCCCCUCAUCGUGCACAAGAUGGACGCCAACCGCUCGAUCCCCAAGGCCGACCCCGACGAUCUCAUCCGCAUCGUCCGCCGUCUCGUCACCGCGCGCGGCCAGCCGCAGAAUGCGAUCCGCGACGCCGUCGACGACCUCCUGACCCUCGACGCGGUCCGCUAUUACCUAAGGGGCUACGAACCAAAGCAGAUCAACGCGUUUGCCACACACGCAUCCCGCUACUUCGAACUCUACCUCCCUUCAGGCUCAAUAGAGAUCGCGCACACGUCGCGAUACUCGCACAAGACGGGCAAGUCCGAGCUGUGCAUACUGGCGACGCGACCACUCAUGCCGGGCAUGGUGAUCACCGAGCUGAAGGGGUCGAUGGCGGACCUUACCGAGGAGGAAGACCUGGAACUGAAGCGCAUUGGCGAGGGAUCCGACGGCGUGGCCAUUAGGCGCGAUUUCAGCGUCAUUCAUUCGAAACAGCUCAAGAAGAACCACCUGUUCCUCGGACCUGCGCGCUUCGUGAACCAUGACUGCGACCACAACGUCGAGCUGUUCCGUGAGGGGCGCUAUAUCACGUUUCGUGUCAUAAAGCCUAUUGGCGUCGGAGAGGAAGUAACAGCGCAUUACGGGAUGGAUACUGUGAUCGGCGGGAAGAACAGACACUGUUUGUGCGAGACGUGCGAGAAGCAUGGGCGCGGUGGAUAUGCAGUGCACUCGUCUGACGACGAACUCUCCGACUCGGCGUCGGGCUCACCAAAGCAGCCCCGCGCGCGACGGGUGGCCGAGUCCAGUGAUUCGGAGGAGUCCGAGCACGAAGAAGUCGAUGUGAACGAGCGACGCACACGACGAGGCGUGUAUGCGGUCGUGAAGGAGAGCGAGAAGGGGAAAGAGAAUGAGUUGCCUGGGCAGAGCGGCAUUGAGCUCGAGGCAGAGGUGGAGCCGGACGUUGCGUCGGAACUCACCUCCCUCGGGUCAUCGGGCGCGUCGCUGCCUGAUCCGUUGUGUGCAGACGCGGGUGCCGGCCCAUCGAAGGGGAAUGGGUUAAUGACGCCUGACCCGGAGCCCGCCCCGUUGACGGAAUGGCUUGCUUCAACAGUAGCCGCGGAGAUCCCGAGAGAAGACGAUGUGAUCCCGCCCUCGACACCGAUGAUGGCCACUGCGUCGAUCAGUGUUGUGUCCACGCCGACAUCCACGCCGUCGAGGCAUCGCUCGAUGAUAUCAACACGCAGCCGGAAGGCGAAGGAGGAAGCGUCCGCAUCGGAGCCUCCAGAGAGCAUUAGCGCGUCGAUAUCGCGAGGACGCGGUCGAGGUCGUGGCAAGGGUGGGCGUACAUCCACUGGACGUGGUGACCAGCCGCAAGUCGAGCAUAACAGUCAACUGCCAACACCGCCAGACUCGUCUACGUCUGUGAGCGUGCGGUCCUCUUCUCGGAUACGAAAGAGCGCGGGCGACCGGGACACCGACAAUUCGCGCUUGCCGACGCCUCUUAAAGACAAACCGGACGGUACGACCUCUGCAUCUGCCUCAACGGCGGGGGACAAGGGCAAGGGCCGCGAGGACGUCGAGCCUCAUUCUGAGACGCGCACUCUCCGGCCGAGGCAGUUCCACCUAGGCGCGUUCGAGGCACAGGCGAAGGCGAAGAUGCCGGAGGAGGGGCCGAGAGGUGUAGAUGGGAAACUGCUGCCGACGUGUGUGACCUGCCAUAACGUGCUGCCUGUGAUCCAUGUAGAGGGCAAGCCGGUGUGGGGACUUGCGCUGGGGCGGACGGGAAAGCGGGGGAGACCACGCAAGAACGUGAAUGUGGAAUGCCCCAGGUGUAUGCGCCAUUCUGAGAUAUACAACCUCAAGUGGCCAGAACGCCUACCUGGCGACGGCAGUACCGCGUUCCUCCCGACGCCCCGAGACACGCGAAACAGCACUCCGAUCACGUUCGCCGCCCUCGCCGCACUUGACCGCAAACUCAACUUUGCGACCCACGGGUACGCUCCACCGAAGCGGCCAUACAACAAGCGGAAGCUUCAGGAGGUUGAGGAGGACCCGCGCCCUGCGAAGAAGCUGAAGCCCGCCGCACCGACGAGCACCGGCAAACCUCGAGGCCGCCCGCCAAAGAAAAACAAAGUGGGCAUGUCGACGAAUGCGCAGCUCAUUCUAAAGGUCAGCGCGGGUGCGGCGAAAGACAAUGCGAAGCCCGUGGCUGCGUCGAAGGGCAAGGAGACAGAGAAGGCGGCGGAAGAGGAGAACAGUCGGCGAAGCGGACGGACCCGCGUGCCCAGUCUGAAGCUCCGCGAGACUGAAACCCCCAACUCCAGGCUUCCGUCGAGGUCAAGGUCGCGCCUUGCUCGGCCUGUCACACCGCCACCGUCUAGCUCGAGUCUACCCGAGCUGCCCCAGACACCCAGCCCCAAGGUACCGACGCCCAAGUCUUUGGCAGUCGCUGCGCAGCCGAGGGAGUCGAACGGCAGGUUCGGACGGAAGAAUGCCAAGAAGCCGAUGGCGUUCGCUGUCGGCGGUCGGAAGAACCGUGCUAAGAGGGUGCUUAAGGGUAACUUCCGGACCAAGGUCAAGACCUCAGGCAAGAGCGACGACAGUGAGUGGGAGUCCGCGGAUGAGGGCGCCCCGCAUUCCCGCGAUAGCGGCGAGGAACCAGUUUACUUUCGUCCGUCUCUCCUGACCGGAGCUAAGCCUGGAAUCGGUCUCCUGCGUGCGCCCAACCCUGUGUCGUUCGCCCGUCGCAAUUGGGCGACGGCCCGCGCUGACCCAAUAUCUAGAGUCACGGACGAGGCGCGUACAACAGAUGAAGAAACGGACCUGCCUACGGACAGCGCUGAAGAGGACGCGGAACCUCCUUCAAUUGUGGCACCGGCACCUUUCGUUGGAAAACGACGCUGGGCACCACCUCCGCCUCGGUUCUCGACAGAAAAGCAGGAGGAUGACUCAUCCGCUGAAACGCUGCCUUCAGUGGACCAGCUGGAUAGCAGUACGAAUCAAGAAGGUUACUGGUCCGAUGAGGAGGAGUGGGGUUGGCCCUGGACAGAGUCGGAAGACGGCGGUGAGGAGGAGUUGCCUCGAGUGGAAUACCGCGCACCGACAAUUAUCCCCGAGUCUGGUACUCGCCGCGCACCCGUCAAAGGACUCACUACUACCCAUUCUUCCCCUCGUUCCGAGCAUUCCGUCGACAAACUCGGUAAAGGCUCGCCGUCCGGUUCAUCAGUACUGUCAAAAGUCGCAAGCAAGUCUCCAUCCAUGAAUUGGAAGCGGACUGUUCUCCUCCAAAGGCCCUAAACUUAUUCAGUUUGUCGAAGUUACAUCCAAGUCGGACAGCAACGCUAGGAGCAGACUAUUGACGAUAAUGACUCGCAUCGGAACGUGGACUCGCACUCUGAUUCGUACGUAUUGUGUAAGCUAUCGCGAACGGUACUCUUUCUUGCAUCAUCCGCUGUGCUAGCCUGAACUGUGUCCUGCAUGCUGUUCUUAUUGCUCCUUAUUCCCAUAUCCUAUCCUAUUGGCUCGAGUUGUACCUUACUGGUCGACGCAAAGUCCGUUAUUGUGUGUACGAUACAUACCUUGCCUUUGUAAUAGACCGAAGAUGCGUCGCUGGCCGUGGAU